UCUCUCUCUCUCUCUCUCUCUCUCUCUCUCUUUCUCUCAUAGUGACAUAUUUGAUGCCAUGUUCCCUGUCAUGCACAUUGCGGGAGAGACAGUUAUUCAGCAAGGUGAUGAAGGAGACAACUUCUAUGUGAUUGACCAAGGAGAAGUGGAUGUAUAUGUGAACGGAGAGUGGGUGACCAGUAUCGGGGAGGGGGGCAGCUUUGGGGAGCUGGCCCUGAUCUACGGGACCCCCCGAGCCGCCACCGUCAAGGCCAAGACUGACAUGAAGCUGUGGGGCAUCGACCGGGACAGCUACCGACGCAUCCUCAUG